AUGCAUCAGAAACCCAAUUUCGCAUUAAAUAGCUCAAAUUUUAUUGGUGGCAUUGAUAGCCCAGCCAAUCAAGCGCAUGAUGCACGCAUUCCCGAGGCUUUUCCAUCUGAGGUACCAGCGACUUCCAUUUAUCAGCGAAAUUUUCAACGCUUGGAGCCAACUAGCAUUUUGACCAGCAUCGUCAGAACAUUUCCCAGAUUUGGAAAAUGGUCGUCGUUUGCAAGAAACCUUGUCAUCUUAAUGAGCGUUUUUCAGCACUGGAUAUUUUAUGCAGUUCUUCCAAACGACCCGACAUUUGCAUGUUAUGGCCCGUCUUUUGGGGCUGCCAUUCGCUCGACGUUAUGCAUCGAAUGCGGAUUCUGGACAGCCUCGCUUUUGUUUUAUCAGAUGAAAUAUGGCACUAUUGUAAGAUGGCUAAGAUCUGCAUGCUCGCAUAUUCUGUCCUCUUACUUGAUGUUUGACAAUCUUUUGAUGAGUUGCAUUUCGGAACGGCUAAAAGUUUGGUGUCUCAGCCCUGGACAGCUUCGGGCUUCUUGGGAAAAAACAUCGACAGACCCGAUUGUCUUGUUCUGCCACAAAUUUAUUAAUGGAAUUACUUGUAUCAAAGGAAUCACUACAUCGCGUGUCCAUGUUAAAGAGAUCAAAAUCAUGAAUCGAACCCUGUUGCUGUUUUACAGAACCAAUGUGCGUUAUGAGAAGAAAAACAUCAUCUUUUGGAUUCCCGGAGGAGGCUUCCACGCAUUGGGGCCGAGCGAUUUCCUCGGUGUUGGUUCAUACCUGUCAAAAUGCGCGCCUGUACUUAUAUUUGAUUAUCCGAAAUCACCAGAAAACCCGUACCCGGAAGCGUUGCUUUGGAUAUACAAUGCGAUCCCUUUAAUCCUUGAUCAUUUUACGCAGCAUCAAGACAAAAUUUUUUUCAAAGGCGAGGAAUUCUCCAGCAAACAAGAAAUGCACCAGAAACCACACGGGGCAACAGAAGAUGCUAACGCCUCCGUAUCGUCCCCUUGGAGGGGCGUCAUUGCUGGAGAUUCGGCCGGCGGAAACUUGGCGACAAUUUUGGCCACAAAGAUGACACAUGAGCCAAUCCCAGGUCUACAUGUCGCUGGUCUUGCCUUGAUAUAUCCACUCCUCUCUUUUGAAAUUAGCGGAUGGCUUCCGCAGGAAGACCAGGAGAUGAGGGCCAAAGUGGCCCCUCAUCUUGUCGGCGAAUUUGCUUCUGGGGGACCCUUCGGUUCCAGAUUUGCAAUCCCCUCCCGGCUCCUGAAUUUGAAUGACAAGAUCAUUCGGACAGACAUCUUGUGUUACUUGGCUCAAAGCUAUUUGAGCACACCGAAGGAAUCCAUUAUUGACACCAACAAGUUUAUCGUUGGUAAGGAUCCUUCUUUUGAAAAGGAAAUCGAUCCAAGCGAUCCAUCUUUGACACCGCUUAGACUGCCAUCGCACAUGGUGCAGGCAAUCCCGAGGGUAUUUAUCCAAGUAGGUGAGAUGGAUCCCUUUUUGGACGAUUCGCUAAUACUUUUCCACAAGGCGAUCGGCUCAGCGCCAUUCACCACGAAAAUAAGGACAGACUCCGAUGUCACCUUCAACAGGAUACAAGGACCAUCCGAAAGGGUUUCCCUUUCGCUGGUGGAAGGAGUAUCCCAUGGCUAUUUGCUGAUGCAGCUGCUGUGGAGGGGAUUUGAGCCAUGCAUGCAGGAAAUUGAGACCGCAAUAGCGGCGAUGUUUGAGCAAGAUUUGUGUGAAGAAACUCCCGCCAAUAUGCGCAAUAGUGGACCCGAAAUUUUGCCCAAAAUCAUGGUCCCGGCAUACUCUAACUUGGAAAGCGAACUUUUACGCAAAGAGCCCAAUUAA